CCAUGAGAAUGACAUGGGCUGAAGUUGGACACUCAACUGACUGGGCCUCCCAGGCUCCCCUCUAUUCUAUGGGUUUUAACAAAUGUAUAGUAACAGCUAUCCACCAUUAGAGUACUGUACAGAAUAGUUUCAUUGCCCUAAAAGCCCUGUGCUCUACCUUUUCAUCCCUCCUACCCUCUCCCUGGGCCACUGGCUCUAAGAGUGCUUUUAAUUAAUCUUUUUCACAUCUCCUAACUGUUCAACAGCAAAGACGUGGAGAGAUAGUAUUGGCUGGAAAUAAGCUAAUCGCUGGGAAUGCCCAGAAAAAUAGCAAAGUGUUGUACGAUCGCUGGGCAAUUUUACUGGAACUUUGUCCCUCUAGUUUUCAGGAGUCCCCAUGCAGAUUGGGAAAUUGAUAAGAGUGGGCAUCAUCUCAUCUUUCUGCUCCACCAAGUUCAAAGACACACAUGGGAUACAUCAGCUGGGUGAAUGAAUGAGAAAUGUGCUUUUCAUACUUCAGGGUGUGUACCAACUUGAGGUGUGGUUAUUGAUUCAAGAACUAGUUGAAGAGAGACAUCCAGAGGAGGAUCUGAAAAAGAUGAUAGAAUGGAGAGAUUAAGGAAAGUGGAGGGGUGGGGGCGGUAGACUGGAAGGAGACACAAAAAGUACAGGAUAGAAUACUAGCUCACACACACCUCAAAUUUUCUACACAUAAGCCUUCCUUGCAGAAAGGGAGACAUGUCUCCAAAGAGACAGAGGCAGAGAGGAGGGCAUGCUGGAGCUUUAGAGGCACAGAGGUGAAGCAUGGAUGGGGCAGGACAAAGCAGGUGCAUUUGUGUGGAGAGUGAAAGAGAUUCGUUCAAGAUUAAUUAGCCAGCAUGUGUGAACACCUCCUAUUUGCAGGACAUUAUGCUAAGUGCCAGGGAUAUGCAGAAGAAUGAUCUGGGCAUUGCCCCUGUCCUCAAGAAGCUCAUAGUCCAGUGGAGGAGAUAGAGAAUUAAACAUAAUAAUACAGUGAGCAAUGCCACACUGGAGUACAGAGAGGCAGAAAGAGGCACUGAGAUUGAGAUUUGAUUGGGGAAGGAGGCAGCAUGAUGAAUGACAGAGGGGUGAGGGAGCAGCAGGAGGCAAAGCAUUUUAGAGAUCUGGAGACUCAGCUGCUAUUCUGAUUCAACACCUGACUUGACUGUGUGAUCUGAGAACUAAUGUCACUGCUGGGUUCUGUUCAGGAAUCUCUUGUAGAUAGCAUGCACUUGAUGCCUACAGCUGUUUCUGAAUAAGUUGGUUAUCAUCAUAAGAACAGUUUAAUUCAGAGCCUAAGCCAAGAGUCAAUGUAUGGGGCUGCAGAAGGGGGAGCUGCAGCUCUGAGCCCUUCCCUCCCCACAACCUGGAAGGCUCUGGCCCUGCCUUCUCUCCCUUCAAGCUCUCAUGUCUCUACGCUGAGGCCAUGGGCUUGGGUGACUGAGUCCAGCUUAAUUCAAUUCACUUUUGUUUGGGUCUGCUUGGUUGUGAUAUAGAGGCCCAAAGAUGGAUCCAUCCCCUAAUAGACAAUGACACAAAUGAAUGGGGUCAGCCCUCUGUCUAGCCCAGCAACACUAGUGUCCUUCCUGUGAGCUCCCACAACACUUUGUAUAUCUCCCAGCUUUACUCCUUAUCCCACUGUGUGGCAAUUAUCUAUUUAUGUACCCAAAUUUCCCUCUGGACUGUGAGCUCUCAGAUGGCAGGGAAUUUGUCAUGUCCAUCUCUUUGUCCUCACUGCCUAACACAGAGGGAGUCCUCUGUAAAUGUUUGUUGAGUGAAAAUGAAUGUUAGGAGAUAAUUAAAAUACAAGGUAGAAAAUAAAAAGCAUUCUGAUAGAUGUGUAAGGAACAUUCAUGGGUCAGAGGAAGGGGAGAUUAACUCCAAAUGAGGCAUCCAGAAAGGCCUUACAGAAGAGGGGGCAGUUAAUCUGAGUCUUGAUGGGCAGUGGUGUAUAGGAAUUUACCAGAUACAGAAAACCAAUUUGUGAUGGGGGGAGGGUAUUAGUGGCAGUUGGUGAAAGAACAUUCCAGGCUGAGAAAUCAAUGUUAGCAGUGGAGGAAGUCAUGAGGGUGCAUGAUGCCUUCAAGAAAAACUGGAGCUGGCCAUCAGGAUCACCCUUUAUGCAGUGAUCUUUCUGAUGAGUGUUGGAGGAAAUGUGCUCAUCAUCGUGGUCCUGGGACUGAGCCGCCGCCUGAGGACUGUCACCAACGCCUUCCUGCUCUCACUGGCAGUCAGCGACCUCCUGCUGGCUGUGGCUUGCAUGCCCUUCACCCUCCUGCCCAAUCUCAUGGGCACAUUCAUCUUUGGCACAGUCGUCUGUAAGGCGGUCUCCUACCUCAUGGGGGUGUCUGUAAGCGUGUCCACACUAAGCCUUGUGGCCAUCGCCCUGGAGCGAUACAGUGCCAUCUGCCGACCACUGCAGGCACGAGUGUGGCAGACACGGUCCCACGCAGCUCGUGUGAUCAUAGCCACGUGGAUGCUCUCUGGACUGCUCAUGGUGCCCUAUCCUGUGUACACCGCCGUACAGCCAGUAGGGUCCCGUGUGCUGCAGUGUGUGCAUCGCUGGCCCAGUGCACAUGUUCGCCAAACCUGGUCCGUACUGCUGCUCCUGCUCUUGUUCUUCGUCCCGGGUGUGGUUAUGGCUGUGGCCUACGGGCUCAUCUCCCGCGAGCUCUACUUAGGGCUUCGCUUUGACGAAGACAGUGACAAUGAGAACCAGAGCCGAGUCAGAAGCCAAAGAGGGCUGCGGAGCGGGGCAGGACCAGGUUCUGCCCAACCCAAUGGGCAUUGCCGGCCGGAGAUCGGGCUGGCUGGAGAGGAUGGUGAUGGCUGUUACGUGCAGCUUCCGCGCUCUCGUCAGACCCUGGAGCUGUCCGCGCUGACGGCGCCCACACCUGGGCCAGGAUGUGGCCCCCGGCCCUACCAGGCCAAGCUGUUGGCUAAGAAGCGCGUGGUGCGGAUGCUACUGGUGAUCGUUGUGCUUUUUUUCCUGUGUUGGUUGCCAUUGUACAGUGCCAACACGUGGCGCGCCUUCGACAGCUCUGGUGCGCACCGCGCGCUUUCGGGAGCGCCCAUCUCUUUCAUCCACUUGCUGAGCUACGCCUCAGCCUGUGUCAACCCCCUGGUCUACUGCUUCAUGCACCGUCGCUUUCGCCAGGCCUGCCUUGAGACAUGUGCCCGCUGCUGCCCCAGGCCUCCACGAGCUCGCCCCAGGCCUCUUCCAGAUGAGGACCCGCCCACCCCCUCCAUCGCUUCACUGUCCAGGCUGAGCUACACCACCAUCAGCACGCUGGGGCCUGGCUGAGGGGUAGAGAAGGAGUGGGGGCUGAGGCGGAACACACCAAUUCCUACAAGUAGGGACCCAUCCAGACACACGAGAGACACAGACCCACUGACACAGGAGACUGACACCCAAAAAGCAUGGACUAAUCCCAACACACACACAAAAGUGGCUUACCUGACACAAAAGAAACAAACCAGAUCCCCACACAGGACAUAAGGCACACUCUUGAUAUGGGACCAAGCCUGGCACAUAGAAACAGGGCACUGACUUUAGACGCACACAGACACAGCAUCCCUAGCAAUGGACUAUCCAUACAUAGUGGAAAUUCUGAGAGAGGCUGGCCUGCCUCUCAUAUACACAUAGUAAUGGCACUGAUUCUUUAGGGCUCUGGAGCCUGGCACGGUACUGACUCCUGAGAUGCUCCAAGCUGCCCGCCCACCCCCACCCCCAGUUUGACCUCACAGUGCCCUUCCCAAUUUCAGCACUGAAAAAUACCAACCAACCUAAUCUCACACCUCCCUGACCAACAGGCUGUUUUGCACUGAAAAGUCCCUUCAUUCCUUUCCAGUUAAAUUCUAUGGCCCUGACCCUCCUCCAUCACCCAAACUCUUCAAGAAAUAAUAAAUGACUUGGCUUCCUCCUGAA